AUGUACAAAUUGUCUCAGAUAAUCGACGCGACACGAGAAAGUCUCGACGCGGAUUCAUCUCUACGCCCGCCGCAAUCACCACUGACUAUUAAUACCUCUGCGCCGGCUUCACCUGCCAUUUCUUUGUUCUCUGUGGCCGGCCACAACCGGGUCUCCAGUUCUGUCUCGUCCCUCGUCUCUGCGGGUCUGGGCAAUUCUAUGGACAGUCCUAGUCGGACUCAGUUGACCGGAGUUAAGGAAGAAGAGUGCAUACGCGACUCAUUGGAAGAUCAAUAUUUUAAGCACUUUGAUUACGGAGUGUCUGCGGAAGAGUCAUAUUUCCCUCCCGUCAACAACUCAGAUAACUACGACUUGAGUGAUACUGGCAUGGAGACAGCACCAUCCCCAAAGAAGAGACGCUCAGAUAGUUCUUCUAUGAAAGGCGUCUCGCGCAUCAACUCUCACAUCUCGACCAUGUCGGCCCGAUGGAAGACAAAACGAUCUUCUGGUGGCUCUGAAGGCGAAAUGUUCCCGGAUGAUCUGCGCUCGCGCGCAAACUCAGCCGCCUCUGCGUUGGCAAGCCCUAUCGCUAGUUCCAUGAGUCGAGUUGACUCCAUUCCGCCUUCCCCUGCGCGCACCAUUUUCGAGGAACGUGCUAGCGAGUCCGGUGUGCGCCCAAUCGAUAUCACUCGGGCGAACAGCCUUAGCCAAGAUGACAACGAUGCGCCGCAGGCGACAACUCCUCUUUUGCCACCUUUUAUGGGAGACGAUUCAAACAGUACCACAGCGACCCGCGUCCAGUCACCACUGCAGUCCCCCUCAGUCGCAGAUGCGAGCGAACAAACCACCUGCAACUACAACAUGAUUUCGGACCCGCGAUUCGUUGGAAUGCUUCCUUCUCCACCACUCUCAUCCAAGCCCUCCGUGGCCUCCUUCAACCGGCCGCGAGCUAGCACUGUGCGCACGGUCUCAGGUGACGCAACACCUUUCGUCCUAUCCGAUCCCAACGAUGAAUGGGCCAACAAACUCGGCCACGCCAACUUCAACAUCACGCCAGAGCCAUACGUCCCUGUGGUUUGCGACAUUGGCAAUUUCCAACAGGUGCGUGCGGAUUGGAAUAUCGCGCGGUGCAACUUCGCCAGGCAUCUUGUGCGCACGGGCGAGCACUACGGCGUCACCUCGAACAUCUACAAGCUCACAAUUGAGAAAUGGGAGUCCAUCAACCGCGAAUGGGCCGCCCAGCACGAGACCAUGCUUAGCCAACUCGGUGCUCUCGACGGUGUCGCGCUCACCCUCACACAAUCUAAUAUCCACCCUUGCCAACAAGUCCGCAUUCCCCGUCUGCAUGACGACAAGUUCCCCGAGCUGGGGGAUGAGGAAAUUGUUGGUCCAAUGAGUGUUGCGCCAUCUAUUGGGAUUGCAGGUCCCUGCCGCUCUGAGAAGAAGAGGAGUUUCUUCCGCUUUCUCCAGGACUUGGUCUCCCGGACCUAG